CCCGACUGUUACAAAAGGAUGCAGAGCAAGAAUCGCAAAUGAGAGCUGAAAUUCAGAAUAUGAAGCAAGAACUCUCAACCAUUAGUAUGAUGGAUGAGUUUGCUAGAUAUGCCCGUCUGGAAAGAAAGAUCAACAAAAUGACUGACAAGCUUAAGACUCAUGUUAAAGCACGAACUGCUCAAUUAGCCAAAAUAAAGUGGGUUAUAAAUAUUGUAUUCUACAUCUUGCAAGCUGCCCUGAUGAUCUCUCUGAUCUGGAAGUACUAUUCCGAGCCGGUCACUGUGCUUCCGAGCAAAUGGCUCGCUCCCCUGGAGCGCCUGGUGGCCUUUCCUACGGGAGUGGCUGGUGGUGUCGGAAUUACUUGUUGGCUUGUUGUUUGCAAUAAAGUCGUAGCUAUCCUGCUUCACCCUUUCAGCUGAAGGAAGGAAGCCAUGGAGUCCUAAACUGUUUUCAUUAUCACUGUCAAAACAUGGGGAACAGUUGUCUUCUGUCAAAGACCAAAUCUGAGCUAAUUUCUGUUACUUCAGUUGGAUAUUUGUCAGUACUCUUUUACAUUUAUAUUUCCUUAGUUUGUUUUCCAG